AUGUCACAGACCGUCGCCCCGGCCUCCCAAACACCACCCCAGCCCCCAGCCCCCUCCCAGGUUCCAUCUCAAUCUCAACCUCAACCUCAAAGCAAACCGCCCCUCACCCGCCAGGCUUGCAACCGAUGCCAUGCCUCCAAGCUGAGAUGCCAUCGCCCGCUGGGAAUCACGAACAGUAAAGCAUGCUCCCGCUGCAUCAAAGCGGAGGCCGAGUGUGUCUACGACCCUCCCCAGCGAUUUGGACGGCCCCGACAGAAGAGUCGACCCCAACCAGCCACCGUGCAACGGAUUGAGGCGCGUGAGGGUGACGGCGACGCAUCCCACUCUCGAAAGCAGUCCACGAGCGAGUCUCGCUGGAGCAGAGACAGCAUUUCCCAGCCUCAGAGCCCAUACACAGCACCCGGAAGCCCGAAUCGAACGGCCCCGGUGGCCGGGAUGGAUUCCACACCCUCACAAUUCCCCCCCACAGCCAUGGACGGUGGACAGGACCCGCUAGGAGAACCAUCUAGUGAGUUCCUGGAUGCGUUUCAGACCGAGUCAAUGCAGCUGGAUGUUGAUUCAUACUGGAGCGAAGACCCGUCGAUGCUCUCAGGGGACGCUGGCCCCUACGCCGAUCUUCUCGCAGCCUCUGUCGACCUGGACUUCGACGUCACCACCCGUUUGGGAGUGGAUCCCACCCGAGUCGAAGCUGCAGGCACAGACACAACCCGUCCGAAACUCCCCAGACAUCCCACCGACCCAUUGCUCGCUACGGGCGCGGAAUACACCGCAGACGACUACGUGUUUGAUGUGAUCCAGCUGCAGGCCAGCGUGAACCAGAAUAACCGUGAGUUGGCGAUGAUGACCCGGAAAGCCCAGUCUCAGCUGGUUUCCGAAGGCAGGCUGGGACCCGGCCUCUCGAUCCCUGACAAGCAAUUCAAGACCCAUCUGCAGCGCAACCUGAAGGCAUCCGAACAAACCCUGGACGUGCUACACCGGAUCAACUCCCACUUCACCCCAGGGAUGCGCGAGCCCCGAGGACCCCCCGACAAUCUAUUCGGGGGCUGCAGUGGUGGUGAAGAGCCAGGCCUCCGGGCGUCGGACCCCCAACACAGCAUCCUCGCCUUCCUAGUCCUCACGACCUACCUCCGACUCCUGCACAAUUUCGACGUCCUCAUUUCCAUCCUACAGGAUCGCCUGCAGUAUUUCGGCCUGGACCCCGGCUCCAACGGGCCCGAAGACUUUCCGUCCGACACGGGGUCCAAUCCGCUACUGGACGUGUCGCUCGGCAACUUUUCCUUCUCCUCGUCGUCGGCGCGAUCCCUCCAAGCCAUGCUCAACGUGCAGAUGAUCACCACCGUGCUCGCCAAGAUCAAAUACUCGAUCCAGCGAAUGCUUCUGUGUCCCGAGGUUACGCCCCCCUCCACCCGCGGCCCUGGUGCUUCAUCGGCCGGGGGAUCCCACCAUUCACCCCCGCUGUUCUUCCAUCCGCACGCGCACUCCCUGUCCGACCACGGCCUAUCUCAGACAGACGCGCGAGGCUACCACCACGGCCCGUAUCACUCCCACAUGGCCCGGCAUCACAGCUACCCCACCCCGCCAGAGCUGGCAUCGACGUCGUCGAUAGCGAGCGGGAACGGCUCCCCUCCGCCGUUUGUCUCGGGAGUCGAUAAUGUUGUUCGGAGGGCGUUGGUGGAGAUCCAGGAUCUGGAGCUUAGCCUGCGCAUCCGCGCCAGGGCUAUCCAGCAGUGGAGCGAGGAGGGAUUCUAG